CCAGGGCUGCCCAGUGCUGUUCCUGGAGGCUUCAGAUGGAGCCCUGGUCAGGUGCCGCUGAAGAUCUUCAUGCAGCGGCUCCUGAUGAGGGCUGGAGCCCAGCUGUGCAGGAAGAGCCCUGGUCAGGUGCCGCUGAAGAUCUUCAUGCAGCGGCUCCUGAUGAGGGCUGGAGCCCAGCUGUGCAGGAAGAGCCCUGGUCAGGUGCCGCUGAAGAUCUUCAUGCAGCGGCUCCUGAUGAGGGCUGGAGCCCAGCUGUGCAGGAAGAGCCCUGGUCAGGUGCCGCUGAAGAUCUUCAUGCAGCGGCUCCUGAUGAGGGCUGGAGCCCAGCUGUGCAGGAAGAGCCCUGGUCAGGUGCCGCUGAAGAUCUUCAUGCAGCGGCUCCUGAUGAGGGCUGGAGCCCAGCUGUGCAGGAAGAGCCCUGGUCAGGUGCCGCUGAAGAUCUUCAUGCAGCGGCUCCUGAUGAGGGCUGGAGCCCAGCUGUGCAGGAAGAGCCCUGGUCAGGUGCCGCUGAAGAUCUUCAUGCAGCGGCUCCUGAUGAGGGCUGGAGCCCAGCUGUGCAGGAAGAGCCCUGGUCAGGUGCCGCUGAAGAUCUUCAUGCAGCGGCUCCUGAUGAGGGCUGGAGCCCAGCUGUGCAGGAAGAGCCCUGGUCAGGUGCCGCUGAAGAUCUUCAUGCAGCGGCUCCUGAUGAGGGCUGGAGCCCAGCUGUGCAGGAAGAGCCCUGGUCAGGUGCCGCUGAAGAUCUUCAUGCAGCGGCUCCUGAUGAGGGCUGGAGCCCAGCUGUGCAGGAAGAGCCCUGGUCAGGUGCCGCUGAAGAUCUUCAUGCAGCGGCUCCUGAUGAGGGCUGGAGCCCAGCUGUGCAGGAAGAGCCCUGGUCAGGUGCCGCUGAAGAUCUUCAUGCAGCGGCUCCUGAUGAGGGCUGGAGCCCAGCUGUGCAGGAAGAGCCCUGGUCAGGUGCCGCUGAAGAUCUUCAUGCAGCGGCUCCUGAUGAGGGCUGGAGCCCAGCUGUGCAGGAAGAGCCCUGGUCAGGUGCCGCUGAAGAUCUUCAUGCAGCGGCUCCUGAUGAGGGCUGGAGCCCAGCUGUGCAGGAAGAGCCCUGGUCAGGUGCCGCUGAAGAUCUUCAUGCAGCGGCUCCUGAUGAGGGCUGGAGCCCAGCUGUGCAGGAAGAGCCCUGGUCAGGUGCCGCUGAAGAUCUUCAUGCAGCGGCUCCUGAUGAGGGCUGGAGCCCAGCUGUGCAGGAAGAGCCCUGGUCAGGUGCCGCUGAAGAUCUUCAUGCAGCGGCUCCUGAUGAGGGCUGGAGCCCAGCUGUGCAGGAAGAGCCCUGGUCAGGUGCCGCUGAAGAUCUUCAUGCAGCGGCUCCUGAUGAGGGCUGGAGCCCAGCUGUGCAGGAAGAGCCCUGGUCAGGUGCCGCUGAAGAUCUUCAUGCAGCGGCUCCUGAUGAGGGCUGGAGCCCAGCUGUGCAGGAAGAGCCCUGGUCAGGUGCCGCUGAAGAUCUUCAUGCAGCGGCUCCUGAUGAGGGCUGGAGCCCAGCUGUGCAGGAAGAGCCCUGGUCAGGUGCCGCUGAAGAUCUUCAUGCAGCGGCUCCUGAUGAGGGCUGGAGCCCAGCUGUGCAGGAAGAGCCCUGGUCAGGUGCCGCUGAAGAUCUUCAUGCAGCGGCUCCUGAUGAGGGCUGGAGCCCAGCUGUGCAGGAAGAGCCCUGGUCAGGUGCCGCUGAAGAUCUUCAUGCAGCGGCUCCUGAUGAGGGCUGGAGCCCAGCUGUGCAGGAAGAGCCCUGGUCAGGUGCCGCUGAAGAUCUUCAUGCAGCGGCUCCUGAUGAGGGCUGGAGCCCAGCUGUGCAGGAAGAGCCCUGGUCAGCCUGUGGUUUCUGUAAUGGGACAUCACGGAGACGACGUAUGUUAUAGAGUGUUUGCUCAUCUGCAAUAGGACGUUUCCUAUCAGAUGUCAAAUACACGUAUAGAAGAUGUCUUCAAGACGUUUAUGAUUUAGAAUGCAUGUA